GAUAUAAUCCCUCCACCUGGUCCUGGGUAGAGAUAUAAUCGCUCCACCUGGUCCUAGGUAGAGAUAUAAUCCCUCCACCUGGUCCGUCGGGACAUGUUCUUUGGUGUCAGAUUGGUGUGUAGGGGCCUUUAGCCGUAGAAGUAAAAACUGAUGUUUGUGUUUCAGGCCCGAUGACCUCUGUGACCUUCAGAGUCUGCCUCCCCCCGCUGAAGAGACACACCUGGCUCCCCACCCUGAAGAGACACACCUGCCCCCCCCCCCCAGCCACCCCUACAGAAUGGCACCCCCCGCACACCUCAGCCCCUCAGCCAAUCCCUUCAGGCCGCACCUCGAAGCCCCGCCCACAGCCCCAGCAAAUCAGUGCCUGUGAACCAGAAUAUUACCCAGAGUUACUUCCGGUCCCCUCACAGAACAGGUCCAGCCUUACCGCAUAUUAUUACCCACAAUGCCUUUGACCUGCCGUCUGCUACAGCCCCCCCCUCCCCUCCACUAAGCCCCUCCCCCCCUGACCCCCCCUCCCCUCCACUAAGCCCCUCCCCCCUCUUAAUCGGCCCGCCUCCUGUGAUGUCAUCAGCCCCCACACAGAUGACCACGCCCCAUUUGGCCAUGAGCCCAAUGCCUCCAGUGUUGACUCCGCCCCCUCCCGUGUUGACUCCGCCCCUUCCAGUGUUGACUCCGCCCCCUCCAGUGUUAGCCACGCUCCCUCCCGUGCAGCUGCUGGGCUCUGAUGAUGAGGAGCAGGAGGAUCCGUCAGACUACUGCAAAGGAGGGUACUACCCGGUGCAGAUCGGAGAUCUGUUCAAUGGACGCUACCAUGUGGUCCGGAAACUGGGCUGGGGACACUUCUCUACAGUGUGGCUGUGCUGGGAUCUGCAGAGGAAGCGCUUCGUGGCGCUGAAGGUGGUGAAGAGCGCUCCACAUUACACAGAGACAGCUGUGGAUGAGAUCAAGCUCCUCAGAUGUGUGAGGGACAGCGACCCCUCCGACCCUUUCAGAGAGACGAUCGUUCAGCUGAUCGACGACUUCAAGAUCUCCGGAGUCAAUGGAGUCCAUGUGUGUAUGGUUCUGGAGGUGUUGGGUCAUCAGCUGUUGAAGUGGAUCAUUAAGUCAAACUACAUGGGGAUUCCUCUGGUGUGUGUGAAGAGCAUCAUCAGACAGGUGCUGCAGGGGCUGGACUACCUGCACAGGAAGUGUAAGAUCAUCCACACGGACAUCAAGCCGGAGAACAUCCUGCUGCAGGUGGACGAGCUGUAUGUGAGACGCCUAGCUGCUGAAGCUACACACUGGCAGAGAGCCGGAGCCCCGCCCCCCUCAGGGUCCUCAGUUAGCAUGGCUCCUAGGGACGACCAGGAUGGUAGGCUGUCUAAGAACAAGAAGAAGAAGUUGAAGAGGAAAGCAAAGCGUGAACACAGACUGCUGGAGGAGAGACUGCACAACAUACAGAGGAUGGAGGAAGAGGACAGUGUGUUACAACCUGACCACGCACACACUAACUGCUUACCUGUCGUCAACGGCAACACUUCCUGCUCCAUAGCCAAUAACAAGGCGAGCCCGGAAAGCAGCUGCUCCUGGUUGGACGACAGGAUGAAUGACCACGCCCCCUGCCGGUUCUCUAGCCCCGCCUCCGGCCAAUCAGGCUUCUCCAGCUCUGUGAUGUCAGCGACGUCCGGGUCAGCAAUCUCCUCCCAGUCGGGGUACUCCAGUGGGAGAGACGUCUCCAGCGCCUCAGACUUCCUGCUCAGUCCUCUGGAUCCUCUCAAUGCUCACAGCCUGAGAGUGAAGAUCGCUGAUCUGGGAAAUGCAUGCUGGGUACACAAACACUUCACAGAGGAUAUUCAGACCCGUCAGUACCGAGCUCUGGAGGUUCUGAUUGGAGCAGAAUACGGACCUCCAGCUGACAUCUGGAGCAUCGCCUGCAUGGCGUUCGAGCUGGCGACCGGAGAUUACAUGUUUGAGCCACAUUCAGGAGAGGAUUACACCCGAGACGAAGAUCACAUCGCUCACAUCAUAGAGCUGCUCGGAGCGAUCCCUCUUCCCUUCGCUCUGUCUGGCAGGUACUCCAGAGAGUACUUUGAUAGGAGAGGCUGUCUGAGGCACAUCUCCUCUCUGAAGCCCUGGGGUUUGUUCGAGGUUCUUCUGGAGAAGUACGAGUGGCCUCUGGAGCAGGCGGCGCACUUCAGUGACUUUCUGAACUCCAUGUUGGUUCUUCAGCCGGAGAAACGAGCCACAGCAGAGCAGUGUCUGCAGCACGACUGGCUACACACACACUGACACACACACACACACACACACACACACACACACACACACACACACACACACACACACACACACACACUGACAAACACACACACUGACACACACACUUUCUUCUCUUUGGUGUUUCCUGAGUGUGUGUUUGCCCAUUUUGUUUCCCGCUCUUUUUAACCUCAGUGAUGAACACACUGUAGCCUCAGAUCACCUUUGACCUCUCACCUGUUUGUACCCUCACAUAAAUAGUGCCUUGAAAUACCGCCCACGUCCACUGACAUCACAGUGACAUCACCGUGACAUCACUGUGACAUCACCGUGACAUCACCGUGACACUACUGUGACAUCACCCUGACAUCACCGUGACAUCACCGUCACAUCACCCUGACAUCACCGUCACAUCACCCUGACAUUACCGUGACAUCACCCUGAUGUCACGGUGAUGUGACGGUGAUGUCACCGUGACAUUACCGUGACAUCACCCUGACAUUACCGUGACAUCACCGUGACAUUACCGUCACAUCACCCUGACAUCACCGUCACAUCACCCUGACAUUACCGUGACAUCACCGUGACAUCACCGUCACAACACCGUGACAUUACCGUGACAUCACCCUGACAUCACCCUGACAUCACCGUGACAUCACCGUGACAUCACCGUGACAUUACCGUGACAUUACCGUGACAUUACCGUGACAUUACCGUGACAUUACCGUGACAUCACCCUGACAUUACCGUGACGUCACCGUGACGUCACCGUGACAUCACCGUGACGUCACCCUGACGUUACCGUGACGUCACCGUGACAUCACCCUGACAUCACCGUGACAUCACCGUGACAUCACCGUGACGUCACCCUGACGUUACCGUGACGUCACCGUGACAUCACCCUGACAUCACCGUGACAUCACCCUGACAUUACCGUGACAUCACCCUGACAUUACCGUGACAUCACCGUGACAUCACCGUGACAUCACCCUGACAUUACCGUGACAUCACCCUGACAUUACCGUGACAUUACCGUGACAUCACCGUGACAUUACUGUGACAUCACCCUGUCAUCACCCUGACAUUACCGUGACAUCACCGUGACAUUACCGUGACAUUACCGUGACAUCACCGUGACAUCACCCUGACAUUACUGUGACAUCACUGUGACAUCACCGUGACACUACUGUGACGACAGUUUUCUACGUUUGUGUGUGUGCUGAGUUUCUUCUUCUGUGGAAAUAAAGAUGACUGACAGCUCGACUCUGUUUA